CAGCGGGCAUGGUUACCUCGCGCGUCCCGGUGACUGCAAACUCGCGCCUUGGAGCGGACGGACAGCUGCCCUUAUAACUCCUGUAGCGUAAGGCUGCUUGUCAACAUGGCCACUCUAAGCGCGAAGCCAGGCCUGCGCCACACCGUGCCGGAGUGGGAGGCCAGGAAUAAGCAGCUGUCAGAGACUGCCAUCCACCACCGGGAAGUAUCCCACAGCGUGCGGCAGGAAGGCCUGUUUUUCCGCAAUGAGACCAGCACCAAAACCACAUGGGACGAAACUGACAGCAGUCGCAAACUGAGUGACAGGAUCGACGUCCUCAAUCAAUGGAAGACCAAGCUGGAGGCUUGCGCCAAGGAUGUGGAUAAGGAAAUGGAUGUCUUGACUCAGUCCAAAGAGCAGACGGAGCGCGCUCUGGCGGACACGGUGCUGCCGCUGGAGGUCACCAUCGAGUGCUUGGCUCUGUGGGAGGGCCGGCGAGGAGGAGAGCUGGUCAGCGACCCCGUGGAGGCGGAGUUAAAGAAGGAAGUGGAGCUGAUUGACAGCUGCCAGCGCAUGCUGCAGCAACGCAUCGACCAGUCUUUCGAGCAGCUGUGCUUGUUGCAAGAGGCAUGGCACCAGGUGAACGCGGACCUCCAGAACAAGAGGGAUGCGCUGGGUGUGGACGUGUCUUGCCUAUCACUCAACGCCGCCUCCCCACAGAUCUCCCUGAAGCCCAACCCUUUACGGAUCCCAUGCAGUACCAGCACCCCCCAGCAGUGGGAGCAGUUUAGCAUUUACAACAUCAGCAGAGCCAAGGACGACAUGCAGGCCUCUCUGGCUCUGAGGGAGAACAUGAGUAUCACACGUGCACAGGUGCAGAAUGACAUGGAGGCCCAGGAGAUGGUCCUGGAGUUCACCAUCCGCAAACGUGCACAUAACCUGGAACAGGCCAGGGAUGAGCUCAAGUGGCAACUGAAGAUUACCCAAGAUGAGGUCCAGGAGCUCCAGAAGGACAUCCGGGGUCUGGAGAUGGACCUGAAUGCCAAGCAGGGCUUCCUGAAGCUGGCCCACACCCGCCUGGAAAACCGCACCAAGCGGCCAGGCGUCGACCUCUGCUGGGACGAGGUCCAGUAUGGGCUGGUGGAUGAGGUGAAGCAGCUGGAUGCUACUGUGCAGACUCUCACCCAGAGGCUGGCCCAAGCACGUAACUCGCUGCAGGAUCUGCAGGAGCACGAGGCGUGCAUGCAGGAGGACCUGUCCCGUAAGGAGGAGGCGCUGGCACUGCUGCGGCGUUGCCAGGAGGGACGCCAACGCAUCGCCGCCGCCAACGCCCAGCCCGAGCACCCCACCUCCAUCUCCGGAGCCCUGGCGCUGAUCGGCACCACCGCCGGAGCCGUCGUACCGCUCACCAACUCCAGCGGCAGGCACAGCGUGACCAAGGCGUGAAAAAAACAAACGCUCCCACAUUUCACCCCAUUUUUCCGAUCCCAGUCUCCUUUUUUUCCCUCCCUGUAAUUCCUAGUCCUACUCCAGACCCCUGUUGCGCACACGUUUUUCCCUGGCCCAGUCCACUUUGCUCACCUCGCGCACUUCCCAUCCCAAUCCCCUUAUCACUCCCAACUUUGAUUUCCCUAUCCAGUCACAUUUCCCAAUCCAGUUCUGAUCUCCCAUCCUUGACCCAUAACCAUACCUGAUAAAAAAAACCUUGAUCUAAAGCUUA